AUGGUGACUGACUUUGAUGAAAAACAUGAUGACUACUUAAUAUCCCUUCAGCAGAGAAACCGGCAGUUGGAAAGGUUAAAAAUAAAAGAUUCUGUGCAAAUCAAACUGGAGCGGUUAGAAAAAGGCUUUUCUCAGUAUGUGAAUGGAGCUAACUCAGAGCCAAAAAAGUGCCGCAGGAAAAUCAACUCCCAGAGCUGCCUUGGAAAUGUGACACAGAGCACCAGGGCCAAGGCCAAGCUAGGAGAGAGGAAGGCCCAAGAAUGCAGCACACAGAGUGCACCAAGCAAGGUACAACGCAGAAGUUGGCUGCAGAAAACUGUGACAAUUAGAACAGAAAAAGGGGAUAAACUCUACAUUAAACCAUCUCUGGAGUACUCUGAGGAUUUUGAACCUUAUGAAAGCUUGAGUGUGGAAACAGAUGGUGAUGAUCCUCUCCAUUCCUCCCAGCAGGGUUUGAGCAGAAGCUUGCAAUGCAGUACAGAAGAGGAAAGGAUGGAGGAAGACUCUCUUUGUGAGGAUUGUGACUCUGUUGAAGAGGAUGUGAUUUCAGAGCCAUCUCCCACUGAGGAAGCAAUGCCAAGCUUUGAAGGCCUUGAGUUGCAUAGCAGUGGGUCACUGCAGAAAGAAGCUCCUGAACAUCAGGAUGGUGGGAGAUGCUCUGGCCUUGAUUCUGGUGUCCCUACUGUGCUGGAGUUCAGCCAGGAUCCUACAAAUGAAUGUUUCUUCCUUCUCGUGGUGCCAGGGCCCUUGAGUCGACCAGAGUGGCCACUGUCAGCAACUAGGAAGAACAUGUGUGAGAAGGAUCCUGAUCAGUCUGUUUCAGCUGUGCUUCAAGCAAUGCGUAUUGAAAAUGAAAUCUUGCAGAGAGAUCUGCUGAGGCAAACAGUUUCCACAAGCUCACAAAAGAAGAAAUUUUCUGUUUCAUCUGUUGUUUCUGCAAUGGCUGAGCCUCCAGAAAAAAGCCAGACAAGUACUGCAGUCACAAAAGCUGUGGAGAGAAUUUGUCCUGUUGGGAGCAGACAAAAGAAGAUACUUCUGAAGGUCUUUCCACAGCCUGAGAGCCAUUCUGCUUGUGCUAAUGACAGAUCCUGGUCUGGUGACAAAGCUGAAGUAGAUCCCAUCUUGAGAGAGAAGGUGACAUCCAGUCAAGAAGUACAUGAUGCCAUUUAUGUGACUAUGGAGCUUCUGUCCAACUGGGGGAAUCCAGCCAAUGUGGGCCUGAGGCAGGUGGAGUUUUUUGAUUUCCAGAAUGAGAAGAUAUUUGUGUCUCCUCAUGACGUGGACAUCCGCAACACUGACAACCCAGGGGACUUGUGCUGCUUGGCCAGUAAGAGCUUAAAUCUCUCCCAGGAAAGCUUCCCCUGGACCUGCCCUUUCCACCCACCCAUCCAACUCUACUUCGUGAUCCGCAAUCCCACCCAGUCACGUGGCUUUGGGAUAUCCAAGAUCCAGAUCUGGAAUUACAACACAACAACUCCCAGUGACCUUGAUGUUGGAGCAAAGAAGGUGAAGGUGUAUGUUGAUGAGAACCUUGUGUUUGAUGGUGAAUUAGAGAAAGCCUCUGGAGAUCUCCAUGCUGACCACAGCAUCACAAUUGACCUCACAGAUCCCAAGCAAGAUAUAUCUGUGUAUUCCUCAAGGGAAAGGAAAGAAGUAAAUGAACCUGCAGUCACAGAUAAGGAAACAGACCUACAUUUUAAAUGCUUAGAGUCAGACAGCACUUCACUAAACUGGAAAUCUCUGCCAGAAGAAAAUCUUCUUGAGCAUAAGAUGAACUCAAUCAGCUUUACAAAGAAAAAUUUGUCUGAGUUAGAGGAUGAUCUAAAAGCAUUACCAUCCCAAGUUUGUGUGAAAGAUGCCAAAGAGAAUGCAGCAGCACCAGCAGUUGAGGAACAUGUUCAAUCUGAUGAUGAACUUUCUUCGAGUGAGCAAAUGGAACAGCUAGUAGGGAGAAAAUUGUCUGAUUCUUCAGGUGCAAUUCCAUCCUGGUUACAGUCAUCUUCCCAAGUAACAGAGAAUCAUCAAGUUACUCCUGGUAGACAGAAGCCUCCCUGGCUUGCUACAGAACAUACUUCAGGCUCAAGAUUUCAAACACAGUCAGAUAGAAUCAUGAAAAACCUCUCAGAUCUGGCAGAUGAGGAUGUCAAAUGUCAGAGAAAUGAAUUGGGAAGACCCAGUAGUAGGAAUGCAAAUGGAGAUGAGAGAUCACAAGUGCUGACCAGAAAGGAUGAUGAUGUGGGCUUGGACAUUUUGGAGCAACUUUCUGACAGAAGUUGCUGCAGCUUACAGUACCCUACAAGUGGAAGGAGAAGUGCCAGAAGUGGUAAAAAGCCAGGAUUAAGCACUAUAAAUCUUGGUGGAGAAGAUUCUGCUCUCAAAGAUGAAGACUUUUCCAUCAAGGACACGGCAGCCUCUAGAGCGAAGUGGCACAGUGAGCAGGAACACACUCUGCAGGAGUCCUGGAACUCCCUGGUGAAAUUUAAUUACUCCCAUCGUGGCCGAAUCUCUAACAUGGAUUUUCAGGGGGAUAUCUUAGAUGAGUUUCUCCAUCAACAAAAAACCAACCGGCCUGGAGAGCACCAGCAGAUAAGAAAAGAAGGGCUACAAACACUACCAAAGAGGCAAGAAGAAGAGAAUUCUAUGGAGGCACACGAUGGAAGUGAUUUUAAAAUUCCUGUUUUACCCUAUGGGCAGCACUUAGUGAUAGACAUCCGAACAACGUGGGGAGACAGACAUUAUGUUGGUCUGAAUGGAAUUGAAGUUUUCAGUUCUGAAGGAGAACCUGUCCAGAUUUCAAAAAUAACAGCUGAGCCACCUGAUAUAAAUAUUUUACCAGCUUAUGGAAAUGAUCCCAGGAUAAUAACCAACCUAAUUGAUGGGGUGAAUCGGACACAGGAUGAUAUGCAUCUCUGGCUAGCACCAUUUACCCCUGGAAAACCUCACUUCAUCUUCAUUGACUUUGUGAAUUCCUGUCAGGUGGCUAUGAUUAGGAUCUGGAAUUAUAAUAAAUCUCGAAUCCACUCUUUCAGAGGUGUGAAAGACAUUAUCAUGUUGUUAGAUCAACAAUGCAUCUUUAAAGGAGAAAUUGCCAAGGCUUCGGGAACAUUGUCUGGAGCUCCACAGCACUUUGGAGAUACUAUAUUGUUCACUACUGAUGAUGAUAUCCUUGAAGCUAUAUACUCCUGUGAUGAGAUAUAUGAUGGAGAAAUGGAAAAUGCCAACUCCUUGAGAUACAAGGAAGAGCUGAAGAGACCAACAACUGCUGACAGGGAGGGAGAUGAACGACCUUUUACCCAAGCAGGGUUGAGAACAGUGAACCAACAGGACAGCCUGGGCAGAGAGGCAAAGGGGAGAUUGAUUCACAAUUGCAGUGGGUCCAGUGGAGGCCUGCAACUGAAUUUUACCAUGACUUGGGGAGACUCUCAUUACCUUGGACUGACAGGACUUGAGGUGAUAGGAAAGAAUGGCCACGCAUUAAAAAUAAGUACCAAACAGAUUUCUGCUUCACCUCAAGACUUAAAUGAGCUUCCAGAGCAUUCAGGAGAUUGCAGAACAUUAGAAAAGUUAAUAGAUGGGACUAAUAUCACAGUAGAGGGUGACCAUAUGUGGCUCAUUCCCUUCUCUUUUGGAGAAGAUCAUCUGCUCACAAUCCAUUUUGAUAAAAUUGAAAGUAUUGCUGGGCUUCGCUUUUGGAACUAUAAUAAAUCUCCAGAGGAUACCUACAGAGGGGCCAAGGUAGUCCAUGUGUUGCUGGAUGGGCAGAACAUCUCCCCACCCGAGGGGUUUCUCCUCCGCAAGGGACCAGGCAACUGCCACUUUGACUUUGCCCAAGAAAUUCUCUUUCUUGACUAUCUGCAGCCCCAGCCAACAAAUAAAGUACAAAGGAGGAUAAUGGAACAAGCUAGUAUGGACUAUGAAGCACCAUUGAUGCCAUGUGGUUUUGUUUUCCAGUUUCAGCUCCUGACAACUUGGGGUGAUCCAUACUACAUUGGUUUGAAUGGACUUGAGUUGUUCAAUGAACAUGGAGACCAAAUCUUGCUGACUGAAAACAACAUUGCUGCUUUUCCAGAUAGUGUCAACGUUUUGGAAGAUGUGUCUGGAGACAUCCGAACUCCAGACAAGCUGAUUGACAGGGUGAACGACACGACUGAUGGCAGACACAUGUGGCUUGCACCAGUUCUUCCUGGCUUGGUGAAUAGGGUAUAUGUCAUUUUUGAUGUACCUACUACUGUGUCGAUGAUCAAGUUAUGGAAUUAUGCCAAAACUCCUCAGAGAGGUGUGAAAGAGUUUGGUCUUCUGGUGGAUGACUUGCUGGUCUACAAUGGGAUUCUGGAUAUGGUGAGCCACGUGGUGACAGGAAUCCUACCAACCUGCGAGCCAGUGGUCCCUUAUCACACCAUCCUUUUCACAGAUGAUGAGAGGAUUUGCCAUCAGGAGAAGAGAACUGUUAUUAGCAAUCAUAUGGGAGACCAGGAUGUACGAAUGAUGAAUGAAAAUAAGAUUGUCACAAACAGCAAAAAGAAGCAAGUUGUGGCUGAUCCAGCUUUGCGUCCAAAAACCUGCAUGUGUGAGAAAGGACUGCAGAGGAGGAAAAGAUAA